AUAUCGAUCUUCACGACUCACGUGACGUGCCUCUCGUGUGAAAAACACGUGUUUGUUUUAGAAAUAUAAACUAGUAUUGGAUAUAAACUAACAGUAGUGGAAAAAUGGGUAAAGCGAAGAAAAUCAAGGUGUCUAAAGGUGAAACUAAAGAACAAAAAAUAGGUUUGGCAGAGCAAAUAGAACUUGAGAAAGCAGUGAAGGUGAAAAACAGGCAGAAAGUUAGGCACCGGGCCGACGACGAAGAAGAGUAUGUGGCACCAAGUCUGACGAAGAAGAUCUUGUCGCAAGCCAGGCAACAGCAGCUGGAGAUCGAAGAUGAGAUUGGCCCUAGCGAUGAUUCCAAGCGCGCGAGGAAACCGGUCAAAUUCAGCUCUGGUCUGAGCGACGAGGAUCAGUCCAGUGGCGAUGAGGAGCCAGUGGAGGAUGUAUAUUAUUAUGAGAACAUCGAGAUCGAUGAAGACGAUGAACGGGCGUUGCAGAUGUUCAUGUCGAAGGACCCAGCGCCGACGAGGACGCUGGCCGACAUAAUAAUGGAAAAACUGACGGAGAAGAAGACCGAGAUUGACACGCAAUUCUCUGACGCCGGGGUUAUUCAAAUGCAGGAUCUGGAUCCGCGGGUGAAGGCGAUGUACGAGGGUGUCCGAGACGUCCUGGCCAAGUAUCGUAGCGGCAAACUGCCGAAAGCCUUCAAGAUCGUGCCUACCUUGAGGAACUGGGAGCAAAUAUUGUACAUUACAGAUCCACCUAAGUGGUCUGCCGCCGCCAUGUAUCAGGCGACAAGGAUAUUCGCCUCGAACUUGAAGGAAAAAAUGGCCCAGAGGUUCUACAACCUGGUCCUGUUACCACGCAUCAGGGACGAUCUGGCGGAAUACAAAAGGCUGAAUUUCCAUUUGUACCAGGCUCUGAGGAAAGCGCUGUUCAAGCCGGCCGGAUUUAUGAAGGGACUCCUCCUGCCGCUCUUGGAAUCGGGAACAUGCACGCUCAGGGAGGCUGUUAUCGUCGGAUCUGUAAUCGCGAAGAACUCGAUACCGAUUUUACAUUCCUCGGCGGCUAUAUUGAAAAUCGCCGAGAUGGAUUACACGGGUGCCAACAGCAUUUUUCUCAGGAUAUUUUUGGAUAAGAAAUAUGCGCUUCCCUACAGAGUAGUGGACGGAGUAGUAUUUCACUUUCUUAGGUUCGAAAGAGACAGGAGAGAGUUGCCAGUGCUAUGGCAUCAGGCCUUCUUGACUUUCGUGCAACGAUACAAGAGCGAUAUCAGUUCUGAGCAAAAGGAGGCCUUGCUGGGACUACUGAGGAAACAGUCGCACCAUUCGAUCACUCCCGAAAUCAGAAGAGAGUUACAAUACGCGAAAUGUAGAGACGCAGAAAUUACAGAACCUAAACCAGAACCAAUGGAUAUUAAAGACACGUAAUGCAACAUAUAUCUAUCAAGAUAUCGGAGCUAUUGUAUCAAUAUCUGUAAUUGUAAUGUAAUUAUAAUAUAUAAGAGAUUGAAAUUGGAACACCUUGGUAAAUUAGACGAUUUAUGGCAAAACUCGAAUUGCUGUGUAAAAAUACAUCUAUAUAUUUGGUCCUAUACUUAAUUAAAUACUUUAGACCAAUA